GUUUUGUCAGCAACGUUAAAUGGAUUCCUGAACUGUUCAUGUAAUCACCUGACCUCCUUUGGAGGUAGUUUCUUUGUAAAACCCAAUCCCAUCGACUUUGAUCAAGUGCUGGUAGAGUUCAAGAGACUUGCAGAUACAGGAAAUGUCGCGGUUAUUGUAACCGUGGCAGUGGUAUCCCUGUGCUACGUUAUAGUGAUUGUUUUCGUCAGAAAAGCGGAUCAGCAAGACACCAGAAAUGUAAGUACUUAUUAGGUAACUUAAAUAAUGCAACCACCACUUGGAAAAACACUGCAGCAGUGUGAAGCUGAAUCGUAGUGUAAACCAGACCGAGCAAUAAAAAAUAUUAAACCAAAGGCAAGACUCAUCGGAUAGCUCAGUUAGAGAAUAGAGAACUCGUUCUCCUAGAGCUCAUCAAAUCAAACAGAGAGGUAUUUUUUUAUCACCAUGAACACGAUUGAACCCUAUAAAAUGAACUGGAAGUACAGUAUUAUACAAAACUAGGUUCUCCAGUUCUCUUAAUUCUUUUAGUGAAGUCUUACUUCUAUAAUAAUGUAUGACUGUGCGAUUAUCGAAACUCCAUGCUCUAUAAUCAUCUAUAAUGUAAAAUUAUGCGUACAAGGGCAUCGUAGAGGCGCAGAAGAGUUAAUUUUUCUAGUUUCGGGGGUGAUGGUAGGUGUUAGUGCGGAGCCUUCGAUUUAGGCUUCGGUGCCUCAUUUGGCACAACGGAAUCUAAUCAGUAGCAGGUACCCAUUCAGAUCUCUGAGGAAGCUUUUAACGGAAACCAAUUCUUUGUUUCUGGCCUUGCAGACAUGCAUAAUGAAAACAAACCAACAGAAAAACAAAAAACAAAUUAUACAGCGCUCUCUUAUAACGUCAUGGUGGCCACAUCAGUGUUUCAGAACAAUGUAACGGCGGCCAUGUUGGUGUUCCAAAUCAAUCCUGUUGGAUUGUGUCAAUAAACACUUUCUUUUGUUCCAAAAAAUUUUAAUAGAUGCUUAUCACGAGUCAGAGUGAAAACUCUUCACACGGAACGAAACUUAACAAUGAAGGGAACAAAAACACAUAACACUUUCCUUUUCUUUUUUGUUCCAGAAUGGCUCUCCAGUUGAGCUGCCAGCAGGAUCAAACAGUUUGUACGAAUAUGAAAUAAAAAUAAUAACAGGAGUCUGGAGGAACUCUGGAACAACAGCUAAAGUUGCUAUAGAGAUAUACGGCUCUGAAGAAAACACCGGGAAGGUUCCGCUCAAUAACAUGGAAGAUUCACCGACGGGCACACUUUUCUCUAGAGGAAAUACGGACGUUUUUGUUCUUAAAGUUGAAAAACCGCUCGGUUCCAUUGAAGGGGUGAGGUUUGGGCAUGAUAACUCUGGAAAUAGUCCUUCGUGGUUUCUAGAGGAAAUCAUUGUUCUUGACAAACAAACGCUUUGCUCUUGGACAUUCACGAAUACUCAGUGGCUAGCUCUUGAGAGAGGAGACGGUAGGAUUGAACGGAUGUUGGAGACAGAACAAAAUACAAUAGAUUUCAACAGCGAGGUUUUAAAGCGAUGGUGGAAAGGACUCACAGAGAAACACAUAUGGGUCUCAGUUAUAGCGAAGCCAAGGAGAAAUCGGUUCACUCGGGUACAACGGGCGUCAUGCUGUCUUUCACUGCUAUUGACAGCUAUGCUUGCAAACGCCAUGUUUUACGAACUGGACGGAAAAUCUGAGAAUGUGAUUCAGAUCGGACCUUUGAAAUUCACUUGGAGACAAGUAGUUAUUGGUAUCGAAAGCGCGCUCAUUGUUGCCCCUAUAAACAUUUUGAUUGCAUUCCUGUUUCAAAAAGGGACCGAAAACACCGCCAGUCAAACCCGUGUUUGCUGGAAAGCAAAUUGUCUCAUUUACUUUGCCUGGUUUUUAUUCGUUUGUUCAUGUUCUGUUUCGGCGACGUUUACCAUCUUCUACAGCUUGCUCUGGGGAAAGGAAAUCAGUGAGCAAUGGCUGUCUUCCAUGUUUAUCUCUUUCACCCAGGAUAUGGCAAUUACUGAGCCGUUCAAAGUGUUCUUUACCGCAAUAGUACUGUCAGCCAUCAUUAUCAGAAAAAAGAGAAAGAGAGAUGGUAGCGAAUACGUAAAAGAGGCUAAAACUCGAACUUCAACUAAAGGACAUUUAUGGAAGAUGAAGCUCAAAGACGUAGAGGAGAUGAGAAGGCGUCAGGCGAAAAAACAAAAUAUAUCUCGGUUCUUUGUGGAGCUUUUCAUCUACCUUAUUUUUGUUUUCUUGUUGAUGGUGGUUUGUUAUGGUAGCAGAAAUGAACAUCGAUACAUGAUGACAAAAUCCGUCACAGAAGGACUGCCAAAAUUUGAAGCGGUAAGGGAAAUUUCUCUAACAUUAUUGCUGAACUCUUUUCUCUUUUCCUCUAUGAUUGCUUGCUGGGAAAACUGUGUCUUCGUGUACACAAUGAACAGCGGCUUUUUCCAUUACUAUCCUUUAGUUUGGCCGGCAGGGGGAUUAUUACCUUCUCACAAUUUUUGAGUUAGGUUAAUAUAAAAGGAUAAUGAUUUCAGGACUACGCGCUUGAUAGUUACUGAAUGAAGAGAAGAUCAUCACAGUGAAAAACUGAAAACGCAACUUAUGCAAUUGCGAAACGAAAGCCUGAAAAAAAAUCAUAAAAAAAUAAUAAUAAUUGCAUUGUCGUUUUUCUUUCCUACCGUGUAGAACUUUCAAAAAAUUACUUAAUUGUCGUGGUUCUUGUACUAGUUUUGUUCUUUGUUUUUGCUUUUUUGCUUUUGGGAUACCAGGUCAUUAACAAGAAACAGUACUGGAGCUGGAUUAAAAGUGUCUUUUUACCCGGUGUAUUUGCUGGUAGAUGGUACAACGGACGUCCCGAGAAUCAAACCAUGUACAUCGGAAAUAAACGUUCAAUCCUGGUAGGAAUGGCUAGAGGAAGGCAACUUAGAGUUCAACCUGGUGAGUUUUAAAUUAGAAAUUGCGUUAAAACUCAAGUGAGAAAAGAAAAUUUCGCGGCCUGUCAUUCCUUUUCAAAAUAAUCUCAUAAAGUACGAUUUUUAAUGGCCAUUUUCUCCGGGCAUGGUAAACAAUGGAUGUUGCCGCAGAAGGAGCGAAAAGGCGACUAGGCCAUUUUUCCUGAUACGUAUUUCCUCGAGAAAUAGCUGAAAAGGGGGCGAUUAUUCGAGGGAAGGCGAUUAUUUCAAAUAUUGCUCGCUGGAAGUCGUGGAUUGAAUAUUAGAAUAUUUUAUUUAUUAUUUUUCUAUUAAAUCAAAAAAUAAUCAAGAGAUAAACUGAACAUGGAUUUUUAAGUGUUCCAAAUUUAGUUUCUUGAUUGAUUUUCCGAGUUUGAAUCGUCACUGAUCAGUUUUGCUGAAUCACAUUGCCCUUCAACAUAAGGAGGGGAGGGGAGGGGAUAAAAGGAAGAGAAUAUGGCAGGAGGGGCGAAUAAGGGAGAUUAUCAGAGGGAGGCGCGCGAUUAUUUCAAAUAUUUCCUUCAAAAAAGGGCGAUUAUUUGAGAGAGGCAAUUAAUCGAGGGACGGCUAUUAUUCGAGGAAAUACGGUACCUUGCGACAUCAUUUUAUAUUCUUGAGCUUUCAUUGUUAAAUGUGAAUCUGAUGCGAGACACAAAAUAUUUAAAAAAAGAAAAAUAAUAGCCUUCUGCUAGCAAAAAGAAGGAAUCUAAACGAAGAGAGAUUGCUUACAUCAUAGUUAUUAGAGGAGACUGGUUAUGAAAAGCGGCAAACAUCAAUGAUAAAAACAACAGUGCUGCAGUUUCUGUUGGAAGCACCCUGAAAGUGUACAAUCCUUUGUUUUCUGUUGGCAAAUUGUUACGGAAUAAAUUAAUGCAACGUUUUUUUUGUUCAAUACAAUCAAAAUGAUAGGAAUUCUUUUGAACGUUGUGCACUUUCAGGUCCACAAAAACAUAUAAAAAAGGAGUCUGACGGGUUUCAUAACCAUUCCACUCAAUUAACUAUGCUUACAUUAUUAAGAAAAAGGUAUGUAGGAUCUGGAAAACUAUAUCCACUUCCUUACUCCAAACCCUUAUCAAAAUUUGCAUCAAUUCUUAGAUCUUUAUAAAUAGGUUCUUUUUUUAAACAUUUGCAGAGACUUGUGAAGUUUUGGAUUACAUGAAGCAUAUGUUUCCUGUUUGCUACGGCGGUUACUCACGCUUAAACGAAGAUAAGACAUCCUUCAACGAACCAGGGUGGAAGCCUGUCGACAACUCCACGAAUAAUGACGAACUUUUCCGACUUUGCCCGAAGCCUUGGAGAUACCAAGGUGCCGAGGAUACGGACACGGUGCCUAAGUGGGGACAGUUCUCGUUUUAUCCUGGUGGAGGUUUCGUGGCCGACUUAGGUUAUGGACAUUCGACAGGCCUUACCGUUAUAGAAACACUACAAAACAAUGACUGGCUCGACAGGCGAACCAGGGCCAUUAUAUUGGAAUUUUCCUCUUUCAAUCCAUCUGUUAGUUUACUUUGCAUCACGACGUAUUUUUUUGAGGUAGAGGCUUCCGGAUACAGCGCCCCGUUCACGAGAACUGAGGUUAUUUCAUUAGACUCAACAGAGGCUGGUUCGCAACAAUUUUACCUCAUCUGUAUUCUGUUCUUUAUCAUAUUUGUCGCGUUUUACCUUGGAAGAGAGUGCUACAGGCUGUACAGACAACGUUCUCGAUAUUUUAAAUCUUUAUGGGGCUGGGUAGAAAUAUUCCAAGUGUUGUUUUCCUUGUUGGCUGUGGUAAUGUACAUCGUGAGAUCCAAAAAGGCGACCUCUACGAUUCAGAAGCUUCAGAAAAACAUUUACGCAAACCUCAGCUUUCAAGAAGUCAUCAUUUGCCUUGAAAUAGAGAACGCUGCUCUUGGGAUUUUAACAUUUAUUGUCACCGCCAAACUUCUGAGACUUAUUCGCUUCAAUCAACACGUUGUCGUGUUUUCGAAAACACUGAAGACCUCUGCGCGACUGUUGUCAUCAUUUACCGUUGUUAUGUUGAUCUGCUUUAUUGCCUUUCUGCAUUUCGGGGUUUUGAUCUUCGGGACGGGUUCGAGGCAUUACUCUUCGAUACUCAGAGCUAUAUAUUUCCAACUCGAACUGACUCUGGGGCGCGUGAAAGCGAGACCCAUCAAUGAACUGGCAGAUGCCAACGACACUUUUGGAAGAAUUUUUGCCGUCUUACUUCUUUUUACCCUGACGAUAUUGGCCAUGAAUUUUUUUAUUGCCAUUAUGAACGAUGCUCUUAUGAAUGCAAAGACCUGCGCGAGUGAAAAUGAGCUCUACGACCUUCUGGAUGAAAAUUGGAGUCAAAAGGGAGGAGAGAAUAAACGCACAUUUGACGCUAUAAGUGAAAGUAUAAAACUAACGAAAGGAAAUGAAGAAAUAGUGAAGAUGACGAAAACAGAGAUUAGGAAUUGUGGCGAAAAUCCCAACAAAAAGAGGGUAGUCAAUUUUGAUGCAAUAAGCAAAGCAAUUAUAGCAUCAAGAGAACAAAGCGUGGAAAAUUCAACAAGGAAGAAGCUUAAUGCCAACACAAGGAAAAAAUCCUUGUUUGAUGAGAUCAGCGAUUAUAUUUUGAAAAAGUUUACAAGUAACGAAGAACACAAAAUAAAGAAAGAACUAAGGUCGUCACACAGUCAACAGCAUCGCAAAGUGCGCUUCUCAGAAGACGUUAUCAAAUGUCAGUUUCAGAAGCUACAAAAACAGAAAAAGUUCCUUUUUCAGCGCUUAGAUAACAUAAUUCAAGGCUACUCUGAAGAAGAAGAAAGUUUCCAGCUGUUAUGUUACGAAGCUGGUUAUUCCUCCAAAGAAGCCACCACAGCCGCUGACCAAGGAACUACGAAUGACUCAUUUGCAUGA